AUGGAAGGCGGCGAACGCGCGCGCGCCAGCCCCGCCCCCUGCGCGCCAUGGCUGUGUCCCAGUUGGGCCCGUGAUCGCUGGAGGCCCAGGCCGCUGUAUCCCGCCGCCCUCCCCCGCCCCAGCAGCGGCCCCGGCCCCGGCUUUCACCCUCGGGGGAGGGGCCGCAAGGAAGCUGUCAUGCAGGACCCUAAUCUGGAACGCGACGUUAGCGCAGAGGAGAGGCGGGGGGCGGCGAAGCCGGAGAGCGGCGGCAUCUCCCGGCUCCAAGAGCUCUUCGAAGAGGUGCGGGAAUCCUCCCAGCUGAGCGUGGCCCCCGCGGAGCCGCCGCUGGUCACGGUAGUGGCGGUGGAGCGGUACCUAGCCGAGGCCUCGCCGCCCGCCGCCGCCCAGUACUGGUACGACGUGACACUGGCGGACGGCGUCUACCAGGAGCGCUGCUACCUGUCGCCGCACCUCAACGGCCUGGUGCAGCGCGCGCACCUGCGGGCCGGCGCGCGCCUGCGCCUCACGCGCUGUUCCUACCUGUACGAUGAGAAGCGUCUGAACUACGGCUUCGUCUGCCUGGAGGGGCUGCAGCUGGCCGGGGAUGCCGGGCCGCCCGCCGCCGGCCCGCUCCGCCACCGCCUGCCGCCCCUCCGCGGGGAGAAGAAGCACUACCUGCCGCUGUGGAACAACGAGGAUCCCUACGGAGAUGUGUGGGUGGCGGACAGGCCCCAGGAGCAGGUGGACGCCGACGUCUCCAGGGUGACUUCACUUGGUCAGCUGGAAAUGAUCUGGAGAAGCAGGCUUCACUUCCCUCCACUUCUUGUGAGAGUCCUGCACAAGUCUAGACUAAGGUACUACGGGAAACCAGAGAAAAAAAUGGAUAUGCCUUAUCAGGCUUACUUUGAAGUUGCUGAUGGUUCAGGCAUGAUGUCAGUGGUUUUGUGGAAUUCAUUAUGUCCUGAAUGGUACAACAGUCUGAAGGUUGGCAUGGUGCUCCUUCUUGAACAGUAUGCUAUCAAAACCAGUUACCCAUAUAAAACACAGCCAACCCCAGGGGAUUCACAGAUGAAGAGAUUUACUACAAUUGAAAUCAGCCUCAACGUUCGAGACCCUCCUACUAAAAUAAGUAUUAUUCCAGAAGAAAUGGUUAAACCAGAGUGGGGAUUACCUGAAGUUAAAUAUCGUUUUAUCACAAGGUCAGAGCUGGAUGACUUGCCAAACAAUCAUUCCUGUGAUGUUAUUGGUCUGGUGACGUUUGUGGGAAGGGCAGAGAGAGCAAGAAAGAGAGAGCAUGGUGAAGACUUCUGGCUCUAUCGCUGGGCACAUGCCAUCGAUGGGACCUCAAACCAACCGUUCAUACUGGAGUUAUUUGCAACUUCUCAACCAGAUGUAUUUGAGCGUAUUCACCCAAUGACAUAUUUGGUGUGUACCCAGAUGAGAGUGGUACGGGACCACACUGAGAAUCCUGCCAGCAGAACUUACCUUACAACUUCCAAUGAAAGUCAAAUUUUCAUUUCAGGGUGGCACAAGGGCCAGCCAUACACCAAGGAUGCCAAAGUGAAAAGCUUUAUUCGGUGGACUAAAACACAAAUUGAAGCUGAUCAAAUGAAGAAAGCUGUCAUUGGUGGCUAUUAUCCUUUUCCACGACCUCCAAAUAACUUUUCAAAGUACUGCAAAAACAACAAAGUUGAAUUGGUUUUGAAAGCUAUAGGUGACACUGGGAAAGAGAUUGAAGACCUGCACUACAGAGAGCACAAGCGCAUUGCUGUUCAGGGAAUAAUUAGUGCCAUAAGAUACAUCAGCUGUAGCCAUGCAGCUGAAAAAGCCACAGGAGGGAAAGUGGAUGAGAAAGAUGCUUCUCAGUCUCUUGAAAGUGCUGCUGCAGCCGAAGAAGAGAGUUUUCACAAGGGGAAAAACACCAACCUUCAAAAUAAAGAAGCUGAGUCUUCUCAGGAGCCACAGUGCUCUCCUGGGAAGAAGCAGCACCGAGCUCUACGGCCAAAAAAGAGUCCCGUCAAGAGAAAGACACCACGCAGGUCAAAUAAAGAUGCAGAACAGGGAAGCAAAUCAUCUUACCCCUAUUUCACACGGGCUGCAAGAAGAAAAAUUGGCUUGGAUGAAUUUCAACAGGAAGAUUUUGUGCAAGAUAAAAGCAAACAGGCUGUAUCAGGCAGCUUCACAGACCAAGAAGGAAUGACUGAUACACCUGAAGCUGAAGAGACUGGAAGAACUUGUGAUUCGUGGCAAAGUGACCUGUGGACACAAGUGAAAGACAAGUUAAUGAAGUAUUUGCAUCACAGCAAAAUCUUCCCAGAAAGCGUCCCACGUAAAUUCGAUUACAAGCACAAGGACUUGCUUGUGCAGCAGUACAACCUUCAUGCAGCAGUGCACCAGCCAAAAGAAACAGAGAAAAAUAUUAAUGAGUUUAGAAGUGCUGGUGGCCUUGGGUAUUAUGAAGUGACAGUUCUGGGUAUAAACCAUGAUGUUGCAAUAGAUGUUGCAUUCCUUCCACUCUUCUGUCCUGAAGAUCCUCACUUAUUUCAGCUAGAUGACACCGAAAAUGAUACAUUGCUCUCUUGUAUGAGUCACGUCUCUGCAUGUCAGCAGAAGGCCACUAACAAUGGAAAGCUUUGUGGUGUGUUUCCACUUGCAGAUGAAAUUGUAAAAGCAGCGAUGGAUCUAGAUGGCAAACAUGUUGUCUGCAUCCUGGAUGUCUGCCACUUGGGUGAAGAUAAGGUAGAAGUCUUUCUGAGCAAAAUCUACAAGACAGUGGAACCUGAUGUGAUGGAUCCAGUGUAAUUCAAUAACUUAUUUUCCAAAUUUAUGUUGUUCAAAAGGAGGGACAUAAAAUUCCUGUAACUUGAAUAUACCCUCUACACAUUGCACUUUCUAGGACUAUCAGGCACAAACAGGAGAUUAAGGUUCUUAGAGCAAUUGUGAUGGUCAUCCACAUAACUGAGAAGGAUGAUUGUUGUCUUUAUGUUUUUUUACAGUCUUGACACAGAUUCCACAGUGUUUUGGUCACUUAUGUUCAAGAAGGGUGAAUAGGGAGUACAGGCACCUUUUCUUCUGACAGGGUACCAAGGAGUGGAGCGUGAUUGUCGCCUCUCUGCCUGUGCACAUAUAUACACAGGGAACACGGAUAUCUGAGAAAGGGCUGAGAAGAGAGGCAGGUUUUCCCAAUGCUGAAGGCAAUGUCUGCAGAAGAAUUAACUGUCUGGGAUACAGAUUUAGGCUAGAAAUCAGAUACUGUUUAUCUAGUGAUCUUUUUGUGAGAGGUACUAGGGACAGCCUAACUGCUCUUUGCUCUUGAAGCUUACUGUGUUAAGUGAGAGGCAUUAAAUGCCGUAGUGCCUUUAGUAUUGGUGACUGGACUCGGUGAUCCAAGAAGGCACAGCAACUGCUGUGUUUUUUUAUAUGUCUGCUUUUGUAUAUACAGUGUUGGGUAGUGAGUGUAGUACCCAAAGUUUUUGAAAGUAUUUUAUUUAUUGAUUUAAAAAAACAUUAAAAAGAUAAAUAAAAAAAAAAACC